GGAGGAGCAGUCGAGCUUUCAGUCAUGGAGCAGACGACAGGCGCAGACCAACCAAAACCUGUUCACACCAACGCCUUGUCACCAGUGUUUGGAAAGGAGGGCGAUGGGGGUUUCACCACAAGAAGUGAUGACAUUUGGAAGUCAAAGAUUGACCAUAUGGCGAUGGAACCAGUGCUAAUUCAACCAGGUCUUGGGAUCACUACCACGACUAUUACUACCAUCACACAGACAGGAGGUGAUUGGAGCACCGGCUUGUUUGACAUAUGGGGAGACAAGAAGACAUGUGUCCUGGGGUCCUUCUUGCCGUGCUGUUUAGAUCUGAGUUUAGCUCACCAGUAUGGAGAGUGUCUCUGCCUGCCUCUCCUGCCUGGAUCCACCUUCGCCAUACGGGUUGGGAUCCGCGAGAGGUACAAGAUAAGGGGCAGUGUUUAUGAGGACUGGACCACCGUGUGCUGCUGUUAUCCUCUGGCUGUCUGUCAGAUGACCAGAGAGAUGAAGAGGAGAAUGAAGAGUCAGACAUAUCAUGUGUCUACCACCCUGCAGUGCUCCUGAGGAGGCUCUGGAGACUAACUCAAAGCUAUCCUUUCCGAUCUGAUGAACACGGAAAUUUAUUAUUAAUAUGAGUAGCAUUAAGAAUUAGUGCAACAAGGUUCAAACAAGUUUGAAAUGCUCGUGAGAGGGCUUUUGGAUUGUACAUCAAGCCUAUCUUUUACAAACUGAGGCAGAGUGGAAAUUAUUAGACUACAUUGUUUGCCAUAUCUUUUUAAACUAUUUUUUUUCUCAAGUAAAGAGAAACCAAAGACACGUGUCCAUGUCAGGUGUGCUCAUGAAUAAGAGCAUGUCUAAUUCCAGGGUUUGUCAGGGAAACUAAAUCAAGCCUGCCUGCCUUGUGCACUGGAGAACAUUGGGGCGACACCAAUGUGAUUAUUGCAAAGCAGUAUUGACACCUGCCACUAUAAUGUGAGGUUUUUAUUUUUUUUACAGAUUUCAUGUUUUAGAGGGGGACAAAUUUGAAUUUUUACAACAUUUAAAAAAAACUACUUGCUGUCAACUUGAUUAUGUCUUCUUUCCAGUUGAAAGUGACUGUCUUGUUGAUUUCACCUUUUCCAUCCUUUUCAGACACCAGCUAGUAGAUUUGACGACAAGCAUAUUAGAAAAUUUAUGACAGCCUUUUGAAACUGCGAGACAAGGAUUUCUCAAAGGGAUUGCAGCUCAGGAUGAAGAAAUUAUCCCUUUUUUCCAGUGUAAAUGUCUGUGGAUAUCUCUAAAUCUUUUCAACAUGAAAUUGAAAACAUUUCUUGAAGCCACAAUCCCGGGGAUUUGCAUGCUAAUAAUCAUAACUUUUCAUACUUUCCAUCGCUGAUGUAUUUAAGACAACCCAUAUCGUAACAUCAAAAUGUAAGUUUUCGAGUUGUUCAUUGUAAUUGUUCCUCUUGGGGGAAACUUUCCAAAAAUACGAUAGGUCACAUAGUGUUUUACAUCUUUGCCAGAGUGGCCACAUGUAUAGGUACUAUAAGGCCGCUGUGGCUUGCAAAUUCGUUGUAGCUACCAUUCAAAUAUAGCAGAGCAGAGUCAUGACAGACUUUUACCAACAAAUGUUUCAACUCCAGUAACUAAAAACCCAGUUUCAACCAUGUGUUUCUUUAUCUGGCAGUGAGGAAGGUGAAUAACAUAAAAAAAACAAGAUUAAAUUAAAAAUGCCGUAUCUCGUAUUUAUGACUUUUUAAGUCAAAAUUACAAUUUAGUAUCUCAUACUUAUGUCUUAGUAAGUCAAAAACAUGACUUAAUAUCUUAACUUUCUAAGUCAAAAUUAUGGCUUAGUAGCUCAUAAUUAUGACAGUAUCUAAGAACACAAACGCAUAUCCAGUUUAGUACAGAGAAGGUUUACUUUACCUGGCCCAAACAAGUUUCAUCCUUCAAAUUAUGACCUGAAAAGCCUCUUACUAAGUCAUAAUCAUGAGACAUUAAGUCAUAAGAUAUUUAGAAUUUUUUUCUUUUCUUUUUUGGAUUCUCCCCUUUUCUCUCCCCAAUUGCAUUUGGCAAUUACCCCACUUCCGAGCCGUCCCGGUCGCUGCUCCACCCCCUCUGUCAAUCCCGGGAGGGGGGGGGCAGCAGACUACCACAUGUCUCCUCCGAUACAUGUGGAGUCGCCAGCCGCUUCUUUUCACCUGACAGUGGGGAGUUUCACCAGGGGGACGUAGCGCAUGGGAGGAUCACGCUAUUCCCCCCAGUCCCCCCCCCACCCCGAACAGGCGCCUCGACUGACCAGAGGAGGUGCUAGUGGAGUGACUAGGACACAUACUCACAUCCGGCUUCCCACCCGCAGACACGCCCAAUUGUGU